UUUUUCAGGAGUAUAUCAGAAAAGCGCAGCAGAGGAAUUUGUCAUCUCUCCUUUGUCUCUAGUCUUCUUUCUCUCUCUCUUAUCUCUGCCCACUUCCUCUCUUUCUCCAGUCAUUAACUCCUCUUAAUGAUGGCUUCCUCUCGUGAUCCGUGGCCUCCAAGUGUUAAGUUAAUCCUAGACAGUCCCAACGAUAUUUAGAGGACCCCAAGUAACAGACUAACGCAAAGGUCAGAGCUUUUUUUCGUUUUAUCCUCGUGUGAAGGAACGCGGAGGUAAGAGCUCUAGAGAGAAAACGCGGUGGAAACUGAUAGAGAAGCAGAAAGGCAGGGUUUUGGAGGGGUAUUAGAGGAGGCAAAGAAGGGUUUUCUCGACAGAGACAGCCAUAGAUAAGUCCCUGGGACCGGUGGGAGACUCUCUCUUUGGGAAGACGCGUGAUAGAGAAGAGAAAGAAAGGUUCUUUGGGACAAGGAACUGGAUAGAGUUUGGCUAUUAAGACUUCCAGAAAGAAGGGAAGAGGAGGAGGAGAAAGAGAUCGAGAUGGGGAACUGUGGAAGAAAUGGAGGUGUGAGGCAGUACAUCAGAUCCAAGGUGCCUCGCUUGAGAUGGACCCCUGACCUCCAUCACUGCUUUGUUCGUGCCAUUGAAAGGCUUGGAGGACAGGAAAAGGCUACACCUAAGCUUGUCCUGCAGCUCAUGAAUGUUAGAGGACUCACAAUAUCCCAUGUUAAAAGUCAUCUCCAGAUGUACAGAAGCAUGAGGAAUGACAUGGGCAGGCAAGCAUCAGAAUUGCAAGCAAGAAAGCACACAUGUGAAGCCAAUGAUGGUGGUGCUGAUGAGCGAGAUGAUGAUGGCUCCUCCCCUCCUUCAAAGCCCACCACCAAGGAAUUCCAGUCCCAGUUCGGCAGGGCUCGAAUGGAGACACAAGCCACCUCCAAAAGCUUGCAAUGCAGCCAAGGAAUCAGCGAGGCAGUCACCUUCCCGUACUGCUUUGAUGAUUACAUGCAAGCCAUGGCUGUGGGGAGGGGAAUAAAGGAGGAGGGCUUCAGGUGGCAGAAAGAUGCUGCGGAGACUGGCUUAUUGGCAGAUCACCACCCUUCCAAGCUCAAAUUGUUGGGAUAUAUGGUGGAAGAAUCUGGCCCUUUAAAGAGCAGCAAACCAAGCGACCAGAAUCUUAUCUCUGCAGGGAAGCUCAAGUCCGAGGGGAGCUUCGAGAAGGGAUGUCGAUCAUAUGUGUCCCUAUUAUUCGAGGAGUGUUCAGAGGAGAGGGAGGAGGUUGAUGACUGCUCACUAUCACUAUCCUUGACAUUGCACCCAACCCACAGGAGUAAUACACCCUCAGCAAGUGAAAGCAGUGGCACAAUCUCUUCGUCUUCGAGGAGAAACUUCAGUGAGUGUUCAGGUUACUCAGAAGGUCCCAGAAUCAAUUUAGAUCUCUCCAUGUCCAUCUGUGGUUCUUAGCUUGGACUUUGUAAAUCUCUUCUCUUUACUUUUU